AUGGUGGCAUUAUUGGUUUUCUUGCUGAUUACACUUCCUAAUGCAAUAUGCAAACCUCUCAUUGUUAAAUGCCACAUCCAUGAUCCACACACUCCACUUCAUCAGUAUCAUCGGGAAGGAGACCUCAUCAUUGGUGGCAUAGCCUCUCACAGCAUCAUCCUCUCUACUUCAAUAGCCUUCACCGAAAAACCCCCACCAACAUUGCGGGAAGAGCUACAAGUGGUGCCUAAGAAUUACCAGCACAUCCUGGCUUUAGAAUUCGCAGUGAAGGAGAUCAAUGAAAACCCUCAGCUCUUACCCAACGUCACUUUAGGCUUCCGCAUCUAUGACAGCUAUUUCAAUGCCAAAUGGACCUCUCAUGCCACAAUGUUACUCAUAUCCACACUGGAAACAUUUGUCCCCAACUACAUCUGUGAUUUCAAGAACAACUUGAUAGCCAUCAUUGGGGGCCUGGACUCCCAAACUUCUCUUCAUGUGGCAACAAUCUUGGAUAUCUAUAAGGUUCCGCAGAGUGGCAUUUGUUUUGCCUUCAUCGAAAGAAAUCACAAAUUUACUUAUAUUACAGAAAUUUAUGAUAUGUUGAAAAUAGGUGCAAAAAUACAUGACAAAAUAAAUGAUAGCAAAGCCAAUGUAGUUUUGGUUUAUGGACCAUCAUAUACUCUGGCACGAUUUAGAUGGUUGCCUUACUUAUCAGAACUGGAACAAAGUUCAAAUAAACCAAAAGGUAAAGUGUGGAUCAUGACAGCCCAGGUGGAGCUCAAUUCUUUUGUCUUUCAACGGACUUGGGAUACAGAAAUACUCCAUGGGGUUCUCUCAUUCACAACUCACUCAAAUGAUCCACCAGGAUUUCAUCAAUUUGUCGAGAGCAAAAAGCCUUCCAGCCCAAAAGGAGAUGGUUUCAUUUUGGACUUCUGGCAACAGGCAUUUGGCUGUGUAUUUCCAAAUCGAGUGGUUGGCAGUGUGAAGGGGGAUAUUUGCACUGGGCAAGAGAAGCUGGAGAAUCUUCCUGGUCCUUUCUUUGAAAUGAGCAUGACCAGCCACAGCUACAACAUCUACAAUGCUAUCUAUGCUGUGGCCCAUGCUUUACAUGCCAUGUCUACAUCCCAAGGCAAACACAGACCAGUAAUGAUCAGGGAAGGAAUGAAGUUUCAGAAUCAACAUCUGUGGCAGCUCCAUCAUUUUCUGAGGGGUAUCUCAUUUAACAACAGCGCUGGGGAUAAGGUUUCCUUGGACCAGAAUUGGGAGAUACUAGCUGGAUUUGAUAUUACCAAUUGGAUUGUUUCCUCCAACCAAUCCUUUCAGAGGGUGAAGGUAGGAGGGGUGGAUUCCCUGGCUCCUCCACAGCAAGCGUUGACCAUCAAUGAUGGAGCCAUCAAAUGGCACCAUUGGUUUAACCAGACACAGCCUGACUCUGUAUGUAGUGAGAGCUGCCACCCUGGUUUUUGUAGGAAGGUGAAGGAGGGGGAAGCAUUUUGCUGCUACAAUUGCAUCCCAUGUCCAGAAGGAAAGAUUUCAGACAAAGAGGACAUGAAUGACUGCUAUGAAUGUGAAGAUGAAAAGUAUCCAAACACAAAUAAGACUAUAUGUAUUCCCAAGCGUGCAACUUUCUUGUCCUUUGAAGAACCUCUGGGCCUCAGCUUAGCCUGUUCUGCUCUUUCCUUUGCUUUCAUUACAGCACUGGUACUAGAAAUAUUUGUGAAGCACAGGGACACUCCUGUUGUGAAAGCCAACAACCGGGACCUCACCUACGCUCUGCUCAUCUCCCUCUUGCUUUGCUUCCUUUCUGCAUUACUGUUCAUUGGAUAUCCUGACAAGGUGACGUGUCUCCUUCGACAAACUGCUUUUGGCAUCAUCUUCUCCGUGGCUGUUUCUUGUGUGCUGGCAAAAACCAUCACUGUGGUUCUGGCUUUCAUGGCCACAAAACCAGGAUCCCGGAUGAGGAAAUGGGUGGGGAAAGGACUGGCAAACUCUAUUGUCUUCUCCUGCUCCCUUAUCCAAGCACUCAUCUGCACUGUAUGGCUGAUGAUCUCUCCUCCAUUCCCUAAUGCUGACAUGAAGUCAGUGGCUGAAGAAAUUGUACUGGAGUGCAAUGAGGGGACGGUGACCUUCUUUUGCUGUGUCUUGGGCUACAUGGGGUUCCUAGCGUUUGUCAGUUUCACUGUGGCUUUCCUUGCCUGGAAAUUACCUGACAGUUUCAACGAAGCCAAGUUCAUCACUUUCAGCAUGUUGGUCUUUUGCAGUGUUUGGUUGUCCUUUGUUCCUACCUACAUGACCACAAAGGGGAAAUACAUGGUGGCUGUGGAGAUCUUCUCUAUCUUAGCCUCCAGUGGUGGGUUGUUGGGUUGCAUCUUUUGCCCAAAAUGUUACAUUAUUUUGCUGAGGCCUGAGCUGAACAAUAGGGAUCACCUAAUAAGAAGAAAAUGCUAA